UUGGCGUGCAACCGCCCUCAUUCUUAUAUUAGGCAUUUUGUAAAUCCCAUUGGUUUCUGUAGUCAUUAAGACUCAUUGCUCGUUGAUAUUACUCCGCCACCGUCUAGUGGUCCGGAGUGUGUAAUCUUCAGAUUCAAAUACAGAGCGGAAGUUUAUACACGGUUGUAGGGUGAUCUGAAAAAGUAGUUCCAGGAUUUACAAAAUGCCUAAUAUAACACAACAGAAGUUGAAUUUCGCUGCGAAACUUGCUACUGAAUAUCGUUGAAGACCAGUAACCCUUCGUUCAAAAUCCACAACUUCAGAGAUGACAAAACUAGACAGUUCCUGCCCUUUGUCAUGUGUGACAUCAUGGGUGUGGAAGUAGGGGAUUCUGAAGGGGUGCAUCCUGAUGACUUCAUCAAAGUUUUAAAAGGUCAAAUAAAAGAUGGCCAUAAGUUUAAUCCUGUGAGCCCCUGUUCAGACACAGACCCGGACUUCAUCAGCAACCCCACUCUGGGUGACGGGAUUCACUGCCUUCUAAGUGUCAUUCCAACAGACAAGCUUGGUCUGCUGCAGGCUGAGGACUUUAAGAAGAUGAGGACCAUCAGAAAACAUGCCAGUGAGAUGGGAAUCCCCCAGCUUACAGUGCUAACAAAAGUGGAUCAGGCAUGCCAAGAGGUCAAGAAGGACAUCAGAAUGAUCUACAACAGCAAUAAGAUCAAGGAGAAGAUGCAGCAGUGCAGUAACAGUCUGGGAGCUGCCAUGAACUGCAUCUUCCCAGUGAAGAACUACCAUGAGGAGAUUGAUCUGAAUGAAGAUGUGAACGCACUUCUGCUGUCUGCACUGACACACAUCCUGGAUCUCACCAAUGACCACGUGGAAGAUAAGAUGCCUCCUGCUCCUGUCAACAUGAAGAGCAGUGAUAUUCAGCAUUAA